AUUAAUGAUUCUAAUCCCAAUUUGCACUAAUUUCUCUGUAAAUUUUCCCAAUUUCCCCAUCUCUUCUUCUUCUUCUUCUUCCUUCAUUCUCCUGCUUUUUCCAUCUCACCCGCCCUUUCUCUCUCUACCCUUUUCACUCCUAAGCUAGGGCUACAAUAACAGGUCCUCCUAGCAUGGAUGAAGAAAAAGGGCUUGAACUGAGCUUGGGAUUAGCAUGUGGUGGUUCAUCUUCCAAUUCAAAAACCGAUCCGGAUGAGAGAACCAGUAAAAUUCUAAAUGAUUUCAAAAAUUUCCUUAGUGCUGUUCCAAAAUCAGUGCAGAGAAAUGAUGCUGUAAAACCUCAAGAGAACUUCUUCAGUAAUUUGCAGCAGACUGGUAAUGGUGAAAAUGUCUCUGAUGAUGAACCUAGAGUCGGUGAUAAACGUAAAAACGUGUUUGAUGAGAUGAAUAACCAGAAGAAACAGGAGAUAGAUUCUCGUAAUUCUGAUUUACAGGAAAAGGAUAAAAUGUCUCACAUAUCAAUUACAACAGAUGAGGGGUCGACAGCAGAUAAUGAAGAUGUGGCAGAAUCUGAAGCUGAGGGUUCAACCUCUAGAUUGGCCUCUCACCAGGAAGAUGGAUCUAGAACACCUGGUGGAAGUGGUAGCUCUUCUCAGGCUCCUAAGGAACUCUGUGGAAAACCAAUUAGCAGCACUCCUUUUUCUGUGCAAUCAAUGAAUUCCAUGAAUGUUCCUUACUCUAUAACCAUUAAAGAGCCUCCUUCAGUUAAUGCGCCAAGCACACCAAAUUACUCCUUAUCAGGGAUGAUGCAGGGCAUUGCUUCUACAAAUGGAGAGCGUCCUAGGCUACACGCUACAGCUCUAGGGAGUUUGCCAAUGUCAUUUGGAUAUUCUCCUGUCCAACUUCCAGUGUUGGAUAAUAAGGAUAGCCCAUGGCGAAUGGUUCCUCUGCCUCAUUCUAUCCCCUCUCCUUAUGCUGGAAGAUCCAUAUCAACUUCAGUUCCAAUGCAAGUCCUCAACAGUUCAUCUGAAUCCGUACGGCUUGAUGUGCACCCUUCAGAGGAGCCGAAAGGUCAACCACAACUAGUGGCUGAGGAAGGUUCCUCUUCUCAGGUUGAAGAUGAUGCAAAGGGACGAGGAAACAGCUUUCCAUCAGAAUAUCCAGCCAUAAGGCCUGGAAUUGCCACAGAGAUGAACUUUGGUGGAUCAGGUUCCUUUCCGAAUUUACCUUGGGUUUCUACAACGAGUCCAGGACCCAAUGGUAGGACGAUAUCUGGUGUCACAUAUAAGUACAAUGCCACCCAGAUAAAGAUUGUAUGUGCUUGCCAUGGAAUACAUAUGUCUCCUGAAGAAUUUAUACGGCAUGCUACAGAGGAGGAACAAAGUCCUGCCACCACCACCCCCAACUUAACAUCCAUGCGAAGCACCAACCCUACCACAACUUCUGCAAAGACCUGACUGUUGCUCUUAAAAGACUAGGAGACUGAAAUAUCAUUGAAGGUUUGUAAAACCUCCAUUGCUCUUAAAUUCGGAUAAUUUAUGCGCUGGAGAUGUUCAUCAAUGGAAACAGUCUUCUCUGCUUGUUGAUACUGGUGAGAGAUAAUGCUUUGUACAUGUGGAUCACCUCAUUUGAUCCAAACUGGGCAGCAAUUAUUGUUAAUCACAGUAUCAUGAAUCUAGCAAGCAGCAUUAUUUCGGUAAUGGCAUGUAUUAUUUAGAUCUGUAAAUUCUGUAAGGUGGAGCUAGCUUCUUGUGAUAAUAUGAAAUCGUUCUCAAGUCCGUUUUGGAUAUUGUUUUUCCUCUUUGAUCCAUGUAAUAAAAUUUUGAAACUUGCAGCAAUUUUCUGCAAGGAGGUGUAAAGUGUAAACCAUCUAAUAAACGUCAGUUUUUGCUGUUCUGCUCCUACGAAAA